AUGAGCCCCUCCUUCGCAACCCUUGUCCGCUGGGUGUCGCUCGCCCUCGCGCUGAGCCUCUGCCCAGCCACCCUGGGCCAGCAGAUUAUUGCCACCUACAACUUCGAGACCUGCAGCAACAGCUCCACGGCCACGAGUUUCAACGUCUACAACCAGGCAUCGUUCCUCACCGUGACCGGCCUCAGCCAGAGCACUCUCUCGGCCCUCUGUCGCCAGGCAGACUCGUCGUUCUGCGUCAGCCUGCCCACCACGGGCGCCAACCUCGGCCUCGCCUGCUACAACUCCGUUCCAGACCUCUCCAACUUUGCCAGCCAUCUCGAUCCCACCAAGGACAUCUUGGUGACGGCCUUGGUGAACGGAUCGACCACGCCCAGUGUCAACGGUCUGCUGACGGGCGCCCUCUCCGGUGUCUUGGUCGGCACCCCGAUCGGCAGCUGCAUGGCGUCGACCAGCGCCGGCACUACCGUCUACACCUCAACCUCGAUCAUGCAGAACAGCAGUGUCAGCGUCUUGGCCACAGGCACUUGCACAGACCAGACGUGCAGCAGUUGCAACUACCCCUCUGCAACCCUGGCUCCUUCUUCCAGCUUGAUUCCCUUCAACACCAUCCAGACGGGCUCUCUCAGCGGCAGCAAUGCUGUUACCGAUAGUGCUUUUGAGCUGCAUGUGGGCCACGGUGCUAACAUCUAUCAAACCGUCUUCAACGGCAACAUGACCCUCUCUCCCAGCGAUCUUCCCAUCCUGACCGUGGCACCCAGGCCGUCUUUCACUCUCCCGGCGAUCUACAUCGUGGCUUCCCAGUUCAUUACCCAGAACUGCAGCACCACCGCCAUUGCCGACCAAGUGAUCGCCUUCCGGGCGAGCUAUGGUGCCAGCCAGGGAUGGUUCCAAUCCCUCAGCGACUUCAACGACAAGUGCGACGACGGUGCCAACUACUGCCAGACGCUCAAUGGCGUGAGCUCCCAUAUCUCGUGCAUCACCGACCCGACACACAUUGACCUGGCUCUCAACCCCGCCCUGGAUUUGGUUACAUACACCCAAGCGCCCAACUGGAACACAUCCACGGCCAUCGACGUGCUCAACGGCAACGCCUUGCUGACCGUCACCAACAUCAACACUUGCUUCCAAAACAGCAUCCAGAACCCGCCCGUUUAUAACCAACUCUCGAUCUCCUACGACCAGACUGACCUGAUUAUGUCGACUUGCAGCGACAAUGCUUGCAUGAACUGCACCACAAACUACCUGCCUUUGUCGACCCAGAUGCAAAGCAAUGCCAAGAGUACCAUGCUCGGCUACAUUCAAAACAGCGUCGGGCUCUGGAAUGGCUACUUCCUCGCCGCCGUUACACAGCUUGGCUUGAACGACCCACUCUUCUACACCUACUUCCAGAACAGUCUUGCCUGGCAGAAUGUCUUUACGCUUUACCAGUGGGCUAUCAGGGGCGUUCUCCAGCAGCUGUCAAACGCAUAA